CCCUAGACAGGCAGGCAACCCAGCAGUUUUAAAGGAUUAUAGAAGUAUCAAUCAUUUCACGGCGAGGCUUCCCUCUUUAUCUCUCGUGUCUGUGGAGUGAAGAAUCACAGCGAAAAUGAGCCGCGGGGCAGCAGCGGUGGGACCGAAGGGGAAGAAGAAGGGAGCCACGUUCGUGAUUGACUGCGCGAAGCCGGUUGAGGAUAAGAUCAUGGACAUCGCCUCACUUGAGAAGUUCCUCCAGGAGAGGAUCAAGGUCGGAGGCAAGGCCGGCGCUCUCGGUGAAUCCAUCACCGUCGUCCGCGAAAAGAGCAAAAUCUCCGUCACCUCUGACAGCAACUUCUCUAAAAGGUAUCUCAAGUACUUGACUAAGAAGUACUUGAAGAAGCACAAUGUGAGGGACUGGCUUCGGGUGAUUGCUUCCAACAAGGACAGGAAUGUUUAUGAAUUGAGAUACUUCAACAUUGCCGAGAAUGAGGGCGAGGAGGAAGACUGAAUAUCUAGUAUUCUUAUGUCAAGGCAACAUUUUCUAGUCGCUUGGUUGUUCCAGUGGAUGGGAUUGUUUUUUUAUGUUUCAAGUUCUGUUUUGCUAGCUGUGGCUAUCACAUUAUUAGAUCCGCUCAACGCAUUUCAUGUUUGAUGUUUCUUUCUGGAGUUUGAUUAUGAUAGAGUAAUGAUUAUUAUGUGCUUCGUA